AGCAUAAUAUUCCUACCUGCAUUAAGUAUAAUAUUCCUACCUGCAUUAAGUAAAAUAUUCCUACCUGUAUUAACUACAAUAUUCCCACCAGCAUUAAGUAAAACAUUCCUACCUGUAUUAACUACAAUAUUCCCACCAGCAUUAAGUAAAACAUUCCUACCUGUAUUAACUACAAUAUUCCCACCAGCAUUAAGUAAAAUAUUCCUACCUGUAUUAAGUACAAUAUUCCUACCUGUAUUAACUACAAUAUUCCUACCAGCAUUAAGUAAAAUAUUCCUACCUGUAUUAACUACAAUAUUCCCACCAGCAUUAAGUAAAACAUUCCUACCUGUAUUAAAUACAAUAUUCCUACCAGCAUUAAGUAAAAUAUUCCUACCUGUAUUAACUACAAUAUUCCUACCUGUAUUAAGUACAAUAUUCCUACCAGCAUUAAGUAAAAUAUUUCUACCUGUAUUAAGUACAAUAUUCCUACCUGUAUUAAGUACAAUAUUCCUACCUGCAUUAAGUACAAUAUUCCUACCUGCAUUAAGUAAAAUAUUCCUCUACUUGAAUGAAGUACAAUAUUGGGGCCUACAUGAGGUAUAA